AAGGAAGAGGAGAGAAAAUUUGUAAUCACACCUCCAUUUGUGUGUCUACGUCUGAGAUCGUCUCUCUGCUGCUGGGAUUUUCUCCUUUUGUGAACGGCUUGAUAGAUUUAGCACUAGAACAAUCAAGAUCCUCUGAUAUCUUUCGUGGUGGUGCUGGUGCAUGUCUGUGGCUUGUGAUUUCCAAUGGUCCCGUGCAAUUUUGACGGUGAAAGGAAAAAGAUUGCGUUGGAAUAUUUGUACUCAACGGCUGAUGUAAUAUAGUUUCGUGUUUCUAUGUGAAAUAGGUUGAAAAUGGGCAGAAGAUACAGCAGAAGUCCGUCUCCUAGCCCUAGGGGUUACAGCAGGAGAUACCGAAGCCCAAGUCCUAGGAGCCGCUAUAGAAGCCGUGACAAAGACCUUCCCACUAGCCUCUUGGUCCGCAAUCUUCGCCAUGAUUGCAGGCCGGAAGACCUUCGUGGGCCAUUUGGGGAAUUUGGUCCUCUUAAGGACAUCUAUCUGCCACGUGACUAUUACACUGGGGAGCCUCGUGGCUUUGGUUUUGUGCAAUAUGUUGACCCUGAUGAUGCAGCUGAAGCAAAGUAUCAGAUGGAUGGUCAGGUACUUCUUGGACGGGAGUUGACUGUUGUGUUUGCCGAAGAAAAUAGAAAGAAACCUUCGGAAAUGCGGGCACGAGAGCGUAUAAGACGGAGGUCGUCCUCUCUUCGUUAUUCUCGAUCACCUCGUUAUAGACAUUCAUAUUCGCCCUCACCACACGAUGCUCGAGCUUACUCUCGUAGCCCUGAUUAUUAUUCUCCUUCUUCAAGGAGAAGACAUGUCUCGAGAUCCAUUUCACCUCGGGGCCGCCAUUAUAGGGAGAGGUCUUACUCAAAGUCACCUUAUGACUCAAGGAGCUGGAGUCGAAGUCCGACGACAAGGAGCAGGAGCAGGAGCUGGAGCCGAGAAAGCUACUGAUAGUGAUUUGGAUGCAUAGUUGGUAAUUUCUUGGGGUUAUGAUGCAUCCAUGUGGGGAUGCCUCAAGUUUAGAGUAGCUAGUAUUUUGGUGACAGUGUUAUGUACUAGUUUAAACCACAUGCUGGACGAAGUACUGAUUGCCGACAUAUGCUUGCUUCAGAUGGUUCCUUUCUUUGAAAUUGCAAUGAUGUUUGUACAAGUGAUGUGUUUGUGAA